AUGAGCGCCUCUUCUAGCAGCACCAGAGCCCUCACUCUGGCGCACGGCUCAAUCGAGCACGUUCUCCCGGUGCCAACCGCCUCCUUUUUCCAAGGCUCCCAACUGCAAGAUCAGUUUUCCAAAUUGCUUCCCGCAGUGUCGGAGGGCUUUUUGUCCGACGACGAACCUUCGUCCCCAGCCGAGCUUUUGGGUCAAUUCCUAGGCUACGUGGCUUCCUUGGUGGACCCAUCCACCAGGGGCCAGUUCGACGACGUUUUGGCCGUGGCCCUCACCGAAUUUGAAUCCAGCUACUUGCAAGGCAACGACGUACACUCUUUGGCCGCCAAACUGCUGUCGGACGACGAAGUGUACCCUACCACCUUGGCCAAAGUCAAGACUCUUAUCAAGAACUAUUUCAACGCCCGCGUCGCAGCGCAAAGAUCCUUCACAAAAUCCGACUCUGCCUUGUUCAAGAGCGCGUCGGCCAAAGAAUCACAACUCGUGGCCAUUUUCGGCGGCCAAGGUAACACAGACGACUACUUUGAGGAACUCCGUGAACUUUACCACACUUACCACAGCAUUAUCUCGGAUGUUAUCGAGUCCGCUGCCUCCAAGUUGGCCGAACUUGUCAAAUCCACCGACGACACCGAAAAAGUUUACACCCAGGGUUUCGACGUUCUACAAUGGCUCCAAAACCCUGAGACCACACCCGACAAUGCCUACUUGCUAUCUAUCCCCAUUUCAUGCCCCAUGAUCGGUGUUAUCCAGUUGGUUCACUAUGCCGUCACCGCUCGCGUUCUGGGCUUCACGCCAGGUGAGUUGAGAGCACAUUUGACUGGUGCUACCGGUCAUUCUCAAGGUCUUGCAACCGCCGUGGCCAUUGCCGAAGCGGACUCGUGGGAGUCUUUCUUCAAGUCCUUGAACAAGACCAUCACCCUUCUAUUUUUCAUCGGUGUUCGUUGCUACCAGGCUUACCCCAACACUUCCAUGUCCCCAUCCAUGUUGGAAGACUCUGCGGAAAACGGAGAAGGAACUCCAUCUCCUAUGUUGUCGAUCUCCAACUUGACCAAGGAACAGGUACAGCAAUACGUUGACCAAACUAAUGCUCACUUACCAUCUGAGAAACACAUCGUCAUCUCUCUAGUUAAUGGUGCCAGAAACUUGGUUGUUACUGGUCCACCACAAUCUUUGUACGGUUUGAAUUUGACUUUGAGAAAGGCCAAAGCUCCAGCGGGUUUGGAUCAAGCCAGAAUUCCUCACAGCGAAAGAAAACUAAAGUUCUUUAACAGAUUUCUACCAAUCGCCUCUCCCUUCCAUUCCCAUCUUUUGGAACCUGCCAAUGCUUUCAUCAAGCAAGACCUUGAAGAUGCUGGCUUGGAAUACAGCGAGUCCGACUUGAAAAUCCCAGUCUACGAUACUUUUGAUGGUAAAGAUUUGAGAAAAUACCAAGGAUCUAUCGCUGAAAGAAUCACCUUGUGCAUCACCAAAUUGCCUGUUAACUGGGAAAUUACCACCCAGUUUAAGGCCUCUCAUAUUCUAGACUUUGGUCCCGGUGGAUCUUCUGGUCUUGGUGUUCUCACUCAUCGUAACAAAGAUGGUACUGGUGUCCGUGUCAUCGUUGCUGGCGCUUUGGAAUACAACCCAGAUGAUGAGUACGGUUUCAAACAAGAAAUUUUCGAUGUCUCUUCUGAGGGUCUCAAAUACUCUCCCAACUGGAUUGAAGAAUUCCAUCCUAAAUUGGUCAAGACCAAGGGCGGUAAAGUCUACGUUGACACCAAAUUCUCGAAGCUUCUCGGCCGUGCACCAUUGUUGGUGCCUGGUAUGACUCCUUGUACCGUUUCACCAGACUUUGUUGCCGCUACAAUCAACGCUGGUUACAGUAUUGAAUUGGCCGGUGGUGGUUACUUUUCCCCUGCUCAUAUGACAGCUGCCAUUGACUCUGUGGUAUCUCAGAUUAAAAAGGGUUAUGGUCUAGGUAUCAACUUGAUCUACGUUAACCCAAGAAUGUUGCAAUGGGGUAUUCCAAUGAUCAAAGAGUUGAGAGAGAAGGGUUAUCCAAUCCAGUCUAUGACCAUUGGUGCCGGUGUCCCAUCUUUGGAAGUUGCUUCCGAAUACAUUGAAACCUUGGGUCUAACUUACUUGGGUUUGAAACCUGGCUCUAUCGAUGCCAUCUCCCAAGUGAUAGCCAUUGCCAAGGCCCACCCCACUUUCCCUAUCGUCUUGCAGUGGACCGGUGGUAGAGGUGGUGGUCACCACUCCUUCGAAGACAUGCAUUCUCCAAUCUUCCAAAUGUACUCUAAGAUCAGAAGAUUGUCUAACAUCAUCUUGGUUGCCGGUUCCGGUUUCGGUUCCGCUGAUGACACUUAUCCUUACUUGACCGGUGAAUGGUCCACCAAGUUCAACUACCCACCAAUGCCAUUUGAUGGUUUCUUGUUCGGUUCCAGAGUGAUGAUUGCCAAGGAGGCCAAGACUUCCCCAGAUGCCAAAAAGGCUAUUGCGGCUUGUACCGGUGUCAGCGAUGACAAAUGGGAGCAAACUUACAAGAAGCCUACAGGUGGUAUUGUCACCGUUCGUUCCGAAAUGGGUGAACCAAUUCACAAGAUUGCAACCAGAGGUGUGAUGCUUUGGAAAGAGCUAGAUGAGACAAUUUUUAACCUUCCAAAGAACAAACUUCAAGCAGCUUUGGACGCCAAGAGGGAUUACAUCAUUGCCAAGUUGAACGCAGACUUCCAGAAGCCUUGGUUCGCCACUGUCAACGGGCAGGUUCGUGACAUUACCGACAUGAACUACGAAGAAGUCGCUCAAAGACUAGUCGAGUUGAUGUACUUGAGAUCGGCCGGAAAGUGGAUUGAUGUCACCUGGAGAAACUUCACCGGUGAUUUCUUGCGUCGUGUUGAAGAACGUUUCACCAAAACGAAAACCGCUUCUUUGCUCCAGUCUUACUCGGUCUUGGACCAACCUGACAAAGUCUUGGCUACUAUCUUUGAUUCUUAUCCUGCUGCUAAGACUCAAUACUUGAACGCACAGGAUGUGGAUUACUUCUUGAGCUUGUGUCAAAACCCAAUUCAAAAGCCAGUUCCUUUUGUGCCUGUUUUGGACCAAAGAUUGGAGUUCUUCUUCAAGAAGGAUUCUCUAUGGCAAUCUGAGUAUUUGGAAGCUGUUGUUGACCAAGACGUGCAGAGAACUUGUAUUCUUCACGGACCUGUCGCUGCCCAGUUUACCAACAAAGUGGAUGAGCCUAUUGAAAGCAUCAUGGACGGUAUCCAUAAUGGCCACAUCGAAAAGCUUCUAAAGGACUUCUACAACGGUGAUCGCUCCAAAAUCCCUGUCGUAGAAUACUUUGGUGGUGAAGACCCAGAAGUUGUCAGCUUCGAUUCCGUUGAAACCGAUGGUAAAAUCAUUUACCGCGCUUCCGCAACGACAGAUGAGAAGGAGUGGUUCAAGCUAUUGGCUGGCCCUAAGAAGAACUGGAGACAUGCCUUUUUCUCCACUCCUAGAGUUGUUCAGGACUCCAUGUACGUUGAGAACCCUGUUCGUAAGGUGUUCAAGCCAACAGCUCAAUCCGUUGUUCAAAUUUCUAACUCUGAUGACCCAGAAAAGUGUGUGAUCACUUUGCUCGAACCAGUUCAGGGAACGUUGAAACCAACCGUUUCUUUGCGCUUGAGCAAGGACAACUUGAUGGAGCUCAACUUGAUCGAAAACAGAACGAUGGAUGGCAACCCUGUCAGCUUGCCGUUGCUCUACAACUACCAGCCAGAAGAUGGUUUCGCACCAAUCUCAGAGGUGAUGGACGGCCGUAAUGACCGUAUCAAACAGCUGUACUGGAAGCUAUGGGUGGAUGAGCCUUUCAACCUUGAGUUUGAUGCUAAGAAGCCCAUCGAUGGUGGUGAUAUCACCAUUACCGCAAAGGACAUCGCUGAAUUUACCCAUGCCAUUGGAAACAAAUGUGAAGACUUCGUCUCGAGACCAGGCAAGAAGCUUCUAGCGCCAAUGGACUUUGCGAUCGUCGUGGGCUGGAGAGUUAUCAUCAAGGCUAUCUUCCCUAAGACUGUUGACGGCGAUCUUUUGAAGCUUGUUCACAUGUCGAACGGUUACAAAAUGAUCCCUGGUGCCGAGCCACUACAAGAAGGAGAUGUGAUUUCUUCUAGCGCUCUUAUCAAGAGUGUGGUCAAUCAGCCAAACGGUAAAGUUGUUGAAGUUGUUGGAACCUUGAGUAGAAAGGGUUCUCCUGUGAUGGAAGUCACUUCUACCUUUUUCUACCGCGGUAAGUACACAGACUUUGAAAACACUUUUGAGAAGAUCGCCGAGCCUGUGUAUCAAGUUAAGAUCAACAGCGCCAGAGACGUUGCAGUCUUGCGCUCGAAGGAAUGGUUCCAGUUGGACGAUGAAGAAAUUGACUUGCUUGGAAAGACCUUGACUUUCGAAACCGAUACAUCUGUUACGUUCAAGGACGAAACAAUUUUCAACAGUGUCAAGUGUGAAGGUAAGAUCAAGAUGGAGUUGCCAACUAAGGAAAAGGUUGAAAUUGGUGUAGUUGACUAUGAAGCUGGGGAAUCUCACGGUAACCCAGUUGUUGACUACUUGAGCAGAAACGGCUCUACCAUGGAACAGAAAGUGAACCUUGAAAACGCUAUUCCGAUUGCAGUCAAGGAAACCCAAGCUCCAGGUACCAAUGAACCUUACGCCAGAGUGUCUGGCGAUCUCAACCCAAUUCACGUUUCGCGCCAUUUCGCCGACUACGCCAACUUGCCAGGUACUAUCACCCAUGGUAUGUACUCGUCCGCCGCCGUCCGUGCUCUAGUCGAGACGUGGGCUGCCGAUAAUGUUUCCGCCAGAGUUCGUGCCUACAGCUGUCAAUUUGUGGGCAUGGUGCUUCCAAACACUCCCCUCAAAACUACUAUUCAGCACGUCGGUAUGAUCAAUGGCCGCAAGCUGAUCAAGUUUGAAACUCAAAAUGAUAGCGACGAGACUGUUAUGGUCGGUGAGGCUGAAGUUGAGCAACCCGUUUCAACUUUCGUCUUUACUGGUCAAGGUUCUCAGGAACAAGGUAUGGGUAUGGACUUGUACGAGAAAUCUGAUGUCGCUAAAACUGUUUGGGACAGGGCCGAUGCUCACUUUAAGAAGACCUACGGUUUCUCUAUCUUGGAUAUCGUGAGAAAGAACCCUACUGAAAUGACCAUCUACUUUGGUGGUGAAAAGGGUAGGAAAAUCAAGGCCAACUACACUCAGAUGAUUUUCGAAACCAUUGUCGACGGUGAGUUGAAGACCGAAAGAAUUUUCAAGGACAUUGUUGAAGAGACCACUUCUUACACAUUCAGAUCGCCAACUGGUCUAUUGUCUGCUACUCAAUUCACACAGCCAGCGUUGACUUUGAUGGAAAAGGCUUCUUUUGAGGACUUGAGAUCGAAGGGCUUGAUCCCAACAGAUGCUGCUUUUGCUGGUCAUUCUUUGGGUGAAUACGCUGCUCUUGCCUCUUUGGCCGAUGUGAUGUCUAUCGAGUCUCUAGUAGAAGUUGUAUUCUACAGAGGUAUGACCAUGCAAGUUGCUGUGCCAAGAGAUGAGCUUGGAAGAUCGAACUACGGUAUGGUGGCUGUCAACCCAGGCCGUGUUUCCCCAACUUUCAACCAAGACGCUUUGAAAUUCGUUGUCGCUUGCGUUGAUAAGAGAACCGGGUGGUUGGUUGAAAUUGUCAACUACAACGUUGAGAACCAACAGUAUGUUGCCGCUGGUGACUUGAGAGCCCUUGACACUUUGACAAACGUUUUGAACUUUGUCAAGAUCCAAAAGAUUGAUAUUGUCAAGCUUCAAGCCACGAUGUCGCUCGAGGAGGUUGAAAGCCACUUGAACGAAAUCAUUGACGAAGUCUCCAAGAAAUCAGAGGAGAAGCCACAACCAAUUGACUUGGAAAGAGGCUUUGCCUGUAUUCCACUACGUGGUAUCUCUGUGCCUUUCCACUCUUCAUACCUAAGAAACGGUGUGAAGCCUUUCAAGAACUUCUUGAAGAAGAACAUUGUCAAGGAGAAUGUGAAUGCUGACAGAUUGAUUGGCAAGUACAUUCCUAACUUGACUGCCAAGCCAUUCCAAAUCUCUAAGGAAUAUUUCCAAGAUGUUUACGAGCUAACCGGCUCUGAAAAGGUUAAGGAAGUCUUGGACAACUGGGAAAAAUACCAAAACUAA